AUGAAUUCUAUCGACUUGGCCCGCAAGCAACAGAGCCAGGUUCAGAUACUAAAGCCUAUUCUGCGGGCUUAUGCAAUCGGGUACCUGUCCUCGACCACCCCUAAGAUUAUAUCAUCUGUCCGGCGUAUCUGCAGGGGUGGCUUGCACCCUGUGCAGAGACGUGGUGAGCUGUUGCGUGCAUUGACAGCCGCAAUCCGUCUGGACAGUUUUCCAACAUUUUGUGCCGCUAUUGUUGGCGGUUCCACGGUCAUCCCGGUUUUUAUUUUUCGGCUCUGUGCGUUGCUAGCUACCAGGCUUGGCCUGAAGUCAGGUGUCUGGAAAUCUGGAGGGUUUGUGCGGUUGGUUCGACUCGUUGCCGCCUUCACCUCCGCGUGGCUCAGCUUUGCGCUCCUGAACCGGAAGCCCAUCAGGACGCAGGGAGUCCGCUCCGAUUCACGUAGUAAUUCGGAACAUACCGCUACAGACAACCAUUAUGACAGCACUACCACGACUCACGAGCCGCCUCGGCUUGCCGGUAGAACAAUGGAUCUCACGCUGUUCACCCUGACCCGUGCUGUGGACUUGACAGCUUGCAUUUUGUGGGUACGAUGGCGGGGAUGGCGGAAAUCCCGCGGCCGUUGGACGAAAGCAGAAUCUGUUGCUCCCAAGAUUGCAGAUGCUGGAAUAUUUGCUACCAGCGCAGCAAUCGUGAUGUGGGCAUGGUUUUACCUUCCUGAAAGACUCCCUAGGUCCUACGAGAAGUGGAUUGGAGAGGUAGCGAAGGUCGACAUCCGUUUAAUCGAGGCGCUCCGCCGUGCUAGGAGGGGUACCUUUGUCUACGGGAAAGAUACUGGCCAGGCCCCGCUGCUCCAGUCCAUGUGCAAGGAAUAUGGCUGGCCUUUGAAGUGGGGAGAUCCUAAAAAAACCAUCCCCAUCCCAUGCGAGAUGGUGCACAUGGGCUGCGGCCCUAACUGUGAGAAACAUGCUGCGUUCCGCUUCGCCAAGACGUUCAUCUUCGCCUGUGCAACCUAUAUGCCUCUCCAGAUUGCCUUCCGUCUGCGCGGAAUGAAAUCGCUAGAAUCCCUCAGCCGUGCCAUGUCGGAUGCCUCGCGGUCGUCCGCGUUCCUCGCUUCGUUCGUUAGCCUAUUCUACUAUGGCGUCUGUCUUGCACGGACAAGGAUUGGUCCUAAGGUCUUUAAUAAGGAAGCCGUUACUCCUUUGAUGUGGGAUUCUGGACUUUGUGUCGGGGCAGGAUGUUUCAUGUGUGGGUGGAGCAUACUCGUCGAAAGCGCACGGAAGCGGCAAGAGGUCGCGCUCUUCGUGGCACCCCGGGCUGCCGCAACAGUACUACCCAGGUAUUAUGAUAAGAAGGUAUGGAUGACAAUCCGUGAUCUAGGCCUACGUGACCGUCCCUAA